ACGAGUCUCUCUCUCUCUCACUCUCUCUACGAACGCGGCAAAACCAUACCGUUUCAAUUCAAUCUCUCUCUCUCUCUCUCUCUCUCUCUCCUCCUCUGCGGCAGAGCUUGGCAAAGCAUGAUUUCACUGAGGAGACGCCAUCAUCUUCUUCUUCUGAGGCUCGCGUUCGGUUGCGGAGGAGAGCGGAGGCGGUUCGCGUUCCCGGAGAGCACGGCGGCUGCGAUGGACGGUGGAGGCAUGGGGGACGUUUAUGGCGAGGAUCGCGCCACGGAGGAUCAGCUUAUCACUCCUUGGGCCGUCUCUGUCGCUAGUGGUUAUACUUUGUUGCGGGAUCCGCGCCACAACAAAGGGACGGCCUUCACCGAAAAAGAGAGGGAUGUUCAUUAUCUGCGUGGCCUUCUGCCCCCAGCUAUUCUCAGCCAGGAGCUGCAGGAGAAGAGACUUAUGCACACACUUCGCCAAUAUCAAGUUCCACUGCAGAGAUAUAUGGCCCUGAUGGACCUUCAGGAAAGGAAUGAAAAGCUGUUUUACAAGCUUCUCAUUGACCAUGUUGAGGAGUUGCUCCCUGUGGUCUACACUCCAACAGUUGGUGAGGCUUGCCAGAAAUAUGGCAGCAUAUUCAGGCGCCCUCAGGGUCUCUUCAUCAGCUUAAACGACAAGGGAAAGAUACUCGAGAUAUUGAAAAAUUGGCCUGAGAGGAACAUUCAAGUUAUUGUGGUGACUGACGGCGAGCGUAUACUGGGUCUCGGUGAUCUUGGUUGCCAGGGUAUGGGAAUACCCGUGGGUAAACUAUCUCUAUAUACAGCACUAGGAGGAGUUCGUCCUUCAGCGUGCUUGCCCAUAACCAUUGAUGUUGGCACAAACAAUGAAGAGUUGUUGAAGGACGAGUUCUAUAUCGGUCUCAGGCAAAAAAGGACAACUGGGCAGGAAUAUGCUGAACUUAUUGAUGAGUUCAUGAAUGCUGUUAAACAGAAUUAUGGAGAGAAAGUCCUCGUACAAUUCGAAGAUUUCGGAAACCAUAAUGCAUUUGAACUAUUGGCAAAAUACAGGCAGACACAUCUUGCCUUCAAUGAUGACAUACAGGGUACAGCCUCUGUGGUACUUGCUGGACUUAUUUCUGGUCUUCGAGCGGUAGGGGGAAGUCUAGCAGAACAGAAGUUCUUGUUUCUGGGCGCAGGAGAGGCUGGAACUGGCAUUGCUGAGCUUAUAGCUCUGGAGAUGUCAAAACAGACAAAAGCUCCGGUUGAGGAGACACGCAAGAAGAUAUGGCUUGUGGACUCAAAGGGACUGAUUGUUAGUUCCCGUUUGGAGUCGCUUCAACACUUUAAGAAGCCUUGGGCUCACGAGCAUGAACCUGUCAAAACUCUGUUGGACGCUGUCAAGGCGAUCAAGCCAACAGUCUUGAUAGGAUCAUCAGGCAUGGGGAAAACCUUCACCCAGGAAGUGGUUGAGACCAUGGCAUCAUUGAAUGAGGUUCUCUCUCUCUCCCUCUCACACACACGCGCGCACACAGAGGCUAACAUGACGUUUUUUGAUGUUUCUCUUUGCAUACAGAAGCCUAUAAUUUUUGCCCUCUCAAACCCUACCUCCCAGUCUGAGUGUACAGCUGAAGAAGCUUACACAUGGUCUCAGGGGAGGGCAAUCUUCGCCAGUGGAAGCCCAUUUGACCCAGUUAACUACGAUGGCAAAACUUAUGUACCUGGACAGGCAAACAAUGCAUACAUAUUCCCCGGAUUUGGAUUGGGAUUGAUUAUGUCUGGCGCUAUCCGUGUGGAUGAUGACAUGCUCUUGGCUGCUUCGGAAGCUUUGGCCGCACAAGCAACACCUGAAAAUUUCAAGAAGGGAAUGAUCUUUCCCCCGUUCUCUAAUAUCAGAAAGAUAUCAGCCCACAUCGCAGCGAAUGUCGCUGCCAAAGCAUAUGAACUAGGUUUGGCUUCCCGCCUUCCUCGUCCGAACAAUCUCGUCAAAUACGCAGAAAGCUGCAUGUACAGCCCUGCAUACCGAAACUAUCGUUGAAGCGACUGAGCUGAAAUCACUGCAUCCCACUUGAAGUUGACCGUUCACGUCCCAUUGAGAAUGACUUUUAUUGUGCCUUUCCUUUUUCUUUUUCUUUUUUUGACUUUUCAGUUUCGUCAGUGUGGUGGUGUCUGUUGUAUCCUUUCAUCUCAGAAGCAUCAGUAAUAUUUGUACCCGGAA